AAUCAUUCAUUUCUAUUUCACGUAAUAACACGAAAAUGUCGUCUGCAUGGGGAGGCUGGGGUACCAAGCUUAACGUGACGUCCAUCGUUUCGCAGGGGCUGGAGCAGGUCCGUAAUCUCCGCGAGGACGUGGAGAAGUCCUUCGACCAGGUGGUGACGGGAGCGCCUGGUGCUCGCGUGCCACCUCCACUAGCGGUUCCAGUCAAGACGUCUGGAGAUCAGAUUGAGGACAAAGUUCCCGAUAACGAGGCGGAUAAAACGACAGUUGAGGCCGAUCAAGCCAUCCCCAGCGAUGUAGUAGAGGAGAAGACAGAGACGAUCGCCACUGUUAUUGAGGAGACCGAACUUCAUGCUGAAGAGAUUGAGGAGCCCAAGGACAAACCUACUGAUACCACGCAGGGAGAGCAUGAAGAAGAGGCUCAGGAAGUACAAAACGAGUCAAAAUUAGAGGAAGAAGACGAUGCGAACGCUUUAGAAGAGCAAAAGGGAGCUCAACAGGAACAGGAGCCGAGUAUUGAGGAUCAGUCUGAAGAGGAGGCUGGGGAUGCUGAAAUUGAGACUGAAACUGAGGAGAAGCAGCCAGACGAGGUUGAAAGUGUAGAAGUAUCAGAUCCUAGUGCAGGUGAAGAGGAAGAAGGUGUUGAAGAUGCAGUUUCAACACUUCGGAAGGAGCUGGAGGUGAGAGAGUCACAGUUGUUGGCGACAUCGGCAACCAUCCAAGAGCUGCACAAUGAGCUGGACAAGACGUGCCAUCGCGAGGUCGCUGCUGUCGAACGCGCGCAAUUUCUAACGGAGCAGCUGGAGAAUAUGCGGCGUGAAGUGGCCAAGUUGACGCAACUGCAUCGAGACACGAGUAACAGUCAAAGCGCAGACGUCCAGGCGCUUCAAAUGGCUCUGGCAGAGAAGGAAGAGAAGCUCAGUGCGUUGUUAGAUGAAGGCCAGACACUUUCCGUCAAGCAGGCGCAACUGGAACAACGACUACGUACACUCCGUAAAGAGAAGGACGAGCUGGAGGAACGAACACUCAAGCUACAGUCUCAAUGUGAAUCUUCUAGUGAAGAAGUGAAGGAUCUGUCGUCCAAACUGAAAGUUAGUGAGGAGGAGAAGGCUCGCUUAGCGCAGGAGAACCGGCAGCUGAUGAGUAGUGCAGACACUACGAGUGCGAAGGUGGAGAAGGCUGAACGUCAAGCUUUAGAGGCUACACAACAAUUAGAGGCGCUACAGACUCAAGUGAACCAGUUAACUCAGGAGGUUUCCAGCAAGAACGAGGAAAUCGAGAGACUCAAGUCUGCUAGCCAGUCGAACGAGGCUCUUAGUGUCGAGAGAGAGGAGCUGCAGCACACGAUCCAGUUUCUACAGGAUAAUAUCCGCGAUUUGGAGAAAGAAGCAGCACGUCGUGAAGAGAUGGCGAGGGCAGAGAACGCUGAUCUCAAGCGCAAGUGGCAGGACGCAAUGGCUCGAGUGGAUAUGUUGGGUCAAAGUGUGUCUGAAGCCACUCAACCGCUUCUUCGUCAGAUCCAUACGUUACAAGAAGAGCAACGUGCAAGACAAGAGAGCUGGAAGGCUACAGAGAGUACACUACUGGCACAGAUUGAAGAGGCCACGGAACAGCAUCGUGUUGUUGAACAGGAGAAGAUGGAGCUGGAGCAGAAAUUCCAAGAGCUUCAACGUCAAGUGGACGAGCGUGAGCUGGAGUUUACUAGGAAGCAGGCUAAGCUGAUUCGUGCUCAAGAAGAAGCGGAGAGUGCCAAGGCCGAAGCGCGAGAACUGCGCGGACACGCUGACGCUCUACAGAUCGACUUGAAUCAGGCCAAACACCAGCGUGACGUAGAGGCAGAAGCGAGACAACAGCUUCAGACUCGACUGGAGAACGUAGAAACGUCGGCUAAAAAGCUGGAGGCGUCGGCUACUGCGACGGCUGAGCUGGGACAGGCUCGUGAGCGCGAGGCUCAGCUUCGACAAGAUCUGGAAUGGCACCAACAAGAGCUACAGCGGUUAAAGAGCUCGACGUUGCAACCUGGUCCUCCGUUGUCUACAGGCUCCACGUCUAGACGAAGCAUCGAGGAACAGUACAGUGGCUCGGAAGCGGAGGCGUCGAUCCUCAAGACCACGUUGGAGACAACCAUGGGAGACUCGCUCAGUUCGACGGGCAACACGUCAGUCUUGGGGCUCAGUCAACUGCAGCAGCGACUGCGCUUACGUGAAGGCGAGAACAGGAUGCUCAAGCAGCAAUUGGAAGCGUUGGAAGCUCGACAGAAACAAACAACCGACGAGAUCGUUCGACUGAGCACACGGAACGCGUUGCUAGAGAGUGGCGAGGCACAAUGGGAGCAGACGCAGUUGGAACUGGCGAAAUUGCAGAAACAUCAAGUGGUGCUGCUCGAGCUAUUCGGCGAGAAAGAAGAACAAGUCGAGGAAUUGCAGGCCGAGGUCAGCGAACUUAAGGCGUUCUACCGUAAACAACUCGACACUCUGGCCUCGCACAACGAACAACAGACACAACAACAGCAUUAAUCAUGCGAUGCCGAAGUGCGCCUCGAAGACCGUGUUGGUGCGUGACGGCAGGUCGAACAUUUGGAAGUAAUGACUGCGAGAGGCGUCCAGGUUCUCGGCGGCCCACGUCAUGUAGUCCGAGUAGAACUGCUGAGCACCAGUGACGGAGCCCGUGUUGCCGUCUGCAGAUCCGGCACUGGGCCAGCCUGUCUCGGUGAUGGCCAACUUGUCGGCCAGACCGGGAAAGCGCGACUCGGUGUCGCUGUUUUGCAGUUCCGUCCACUGGUUAGACACGAGUGUGAUGGCGUCGGUCGCAGCAGUGUCGGCUGUGAAGACAGGCUGGAUGUUGACGCCCACGACGUCGCAGGCUGUGAAGAGAUCGGCGAGGCCCGAGAUGGCGUUGUAUCGAGACGAGUCGAGCAUCUCGGUGUUGCGCUGUACGGUGCCGAUGGGCACAUUGGGCAGAGCCUCCUGUAGUUGGGUGAUGUAGCUGAGCAUCUCGGACGGGACUUGAUCGACGGAGGCCAAGUUCUCGUUACCGACGAAGAUCUGGACGAUGCUGGCUGAUCCGUUGGAGAGUGAACCGGCCGAGAUGGCGGCUGUGACGUAGUCGGCGGUGGCACUGGGGUUGUCGUUGUCGAAAGGAACGCCGAGUGAGACGUUGAGGCCCUGGGCGAUGGCCAGUGUGGCCAUGUCGGCGGAUCCGUACGUGGUGAUGUAGGUUCGGACGAGAUCGAAGCCUUUCUCCUUGAUGGUCUGGAAGUCGGCGGAGAUGGUGGCUUCUGUGGCGGAGUCAACGUGAUCAGGAUCGUAGCAGACGCCUCCCGUGGCCGUGGCGGCAACGCGGUUAGCUGUGGCGAUGAUGGCGAGGGUGGAAGCAGUGAUGAACGAGAAACCCUUCAUGGAUGGUAGUGCGGUGAACUCACUUGUCGCUUUGUGUUUGAAGAGGCAAAUUGUGGAAUGGUCGAUGGAGUGAGCUUGGUACUAUGAUCAGAAGGCUGUUCCGUGCUGCUAGAGGCAUGUCCCCUGAAGAUCUGGGUCUCGAGGCUCGAGUUGUGUAGGACACCGACGCCAGCUGGCAAAUGUUAUGUGGCAGAUGGUUGUCAACUCAGUGACCGUCGUGCUACGAUUGUCGUAAGUAGAGAUGAUAGCUAGGGAUACCACGUGCGAUGUCGACCGAAUGCACCGAGUCGCGAAUUGCAAUCGAGUGGGUGAGAGCCUCAUGGGGGGGGGGGCUCACGUCAUGAUGCAACUUGCAAGGGUCGGAAGUGGAGGCUACUCGUACACCGAAGAAUCCGAUGCUGGUUGUGUGGUCUCAAACGCGAAAGAGCGUCCAAGAUCGCAACGGAGACUUGGCUCUAUGACGGCACUGGAAUUCAGUCGUGAUGCUGUGGUCGUCGUUCGAUUGUAAAGGUGUCUCCAGCUCUCAGUCGAGGUGCUAGCCACGCUUCAGAAUGGUAGUGGCAUUAGCAUGAAUUUGGGAGGAUGUCGUGGAAGUGUUAUCAGGUUGUUCACAGCUGGAGGCAUUCGUGUCAGACUCGGAUUGGUUUUCCCAUCAACGGCGUAGAGUCGAAGGUACAGCUACCCUUUCGUGUCGAGAGAUCUGAGGCCACAUACAGAGAGAAGCAUGCGUUCUAAAGCCCCAUUGCUCGUCAAAAUUAGUAUCCAUCUAAUUGACCGUGGGGUUCAUCAAAUACAUUAAACCAUACAAUUUCGAUCCAGCAG